UCCUAACAUUAGGUAAUACAUAAUUACAAGCCUCCCUUUCCCAGACGGAGUUACGUAGUCCACGAGGCUUCCGCUGACAAGCAGCGGGUCGUUGAAGAGGAGAUGGAGAACUUCAUCCUGUAUGAGGAGCUGGGCACAGACGGCAGCUUUGUUGUCUAUAAAGGAAGGAGAAAGAGCAAUCUGUGCUAUGUCGCCAUCAUCUGCACAGAUAAAACCAAGAGACCGGAGAUCACGAACCAUGUACGACUGAGUCAGGAUCUGGAUCAUCCAAAUAUUGUUCGCUUCUAUGAAUGGUUUGAGACGAGUAAGCACCUGUGGGUCAUAGUGGAGCUCUGUUCAGGCGGUUCCCUGGAGUCUGUAGUUGCUCAUGAUGGAUGUCUGUCAGAAGACAUUGUAAGAAGGUUUGGAUGGGACUUGGUGAAAGGAUUAGGACACAUCCAUGAACUAGGAAUCAUCCUGUCAGACUUGAGCCCUGCAAAGAUUCUACUAGAUGGUAGCGGCAUUUUGAAGUUUAGUAACUUCUCUCUGUCCAAGGGUGAGGGAGAGACUCUGGAGGACAUUUUUACAAUGCUUUCUGCAUCCGAGGAACCAGAGGAAGGAGACAGCAAGAACAUGAGAACAAGAGUGCAAGGUUCUCCAGCUUAUAGGGCUCCAGAGGUUUUUCAGGGAUCAGAAACCAGUAGAAGCUCUGACCUCUGGGCUCUCGGUUGCGUACUCUACUAUAUGUACACAGGUAAACCUCCUUUCUGUUCUGAUAACCACUCUGACCUGAAGGAGAUGAUUUUGCAUCAGGAACCACCUCCUCUGAAACAGACAGUGUUUCUCCCAAAUCCUCCCAGUCAGGAAUUCCAGAGUCUUUUGAAAGGCUUAUUAAAUAAAAACCCAACUAUGAGGAUCAGCUGGUUGGAGCUGGUCAAUCAUCCUUUCUGGACUCAAGUAAAACAGGAGGAAUAUAACGCUAAUUAUGGGGAAGAAGAGGAUGAAGAUGUUGAGAGACACAAAAGGACCAGUGAUCUUUCUCCUGUUGAACAGACAGUCUGCCUACCAAGUAGCCUCUCAGCUAUUGGCCAGCCAGGUUGUGAUGUGUCAAAGAAAACGUCUUUUCAUUCAACAAGUGCAGCACCAGACAGGCUGCAUGGCACAGAAGCUGAAAGCCAACAGUCUGUUACAGGUGAUCCUGGUGGAAAGUUAAAAAACAGCGAGAGCUCAAAUAAAGAGAUGAGAUGGGGAGAAACAAGGGAGGAUCAAGUUAAGACCAGAGAUCUCCCUGAACCAAAUGGAGCGGAGGAGGUGUGCCACACACCACAGCCUAUUAAACCAUAUGUGACAGGGAAUGUCCUAGAGCUGAAACCAAAGAGUGGGGUGAAUCAGGACAACUCCGAUACAAUCUUUCUGCUUAGCAGUGCUCACGGCAACUCAAGAAGCCAAUGCAGCAUUUCAGACUCUUCAAACCACAAUACAGAGCUUGAGGUUGUCACUGAUCCUGACAUUUCAAGCUGUGUGAAGCGUCUUCUUCAUACCGACUCUGAUCUGAGUGUCACCCAAAUCAUUGACAAUCCCAAGAUUCUUAAGAGUACUCCUGUAAGAUUUGAUCCCAGAAACCUUUGUGUACCGGCAUACUCAGUCGAGAAGCUGCUUUCUCUGAGUGACGAUGAGUGGACUGGCUUUCUGUCACAACUUCAUUCCUGCUUUGAAGAAAAGAGCGCGUCCGUGCCACUCCCCUCCUCUGCUGCUCUGCCUCAGUCUACAGCUGUUCGCUCUAGACUCAACCUGCUGUGCUACCUCUGCUGUAUAGUUGGGCACACGGUUGUCGCUGACAGGCUGAUUAACUCAACGCUGCUUUCUGUAUUGACCCAGCAGUUACGGCAAGCUCCAAACUGGGAUUUACGGAGCAAGAUCCUCAGAGCGAUGGGUCUUCUGGCUCUGCACUGUAGUCAUCUGGAAGACGACUGCCAUGUUUCUGAGGCUGUGUCAACUCUAACUGAGCUGCUGAGGGAAAAUCUCAGGAAUGAUAAACUGAAGCAGUUCCUGCUGCCACCACUUGGGGAGUUUCUGUACCUGAUCUCUUCUGAGGAGGAGAAGAGAGGCUCCCCAGAGGGACUAUGGUUCGUUCCUGCUGCCGCCUACACUGGCUUAAUGAGGAGCCUGCGGGAAGGGAAUGACGCUGUAGUCCAUCAUAUGGCUGCAAAAGCCAUAGAGAACAUCUCUUCAACUGUGUCUGGUGUCUCUCGUCAUCUGGCCACCACAGAGAUGGGCUCGGCUUUGUGGUACCUGUUCACUCACUCUACUGUGGAGGCUGUCAGAGUCACUGCCAUCUCUUCUCUUUCAAGGCUAACCCGGGUGGACCCAGCAGUCUUCCUUUCAGUGAUUGACACCUGUGGCCCUGCAGCCGUCUUGGAGGGCAUAGGUGGAGCAGGGUCCAGGGUGCAGCAGCACCUGCUCACUGCUGUGGCCUCUGCCCUCCUCGCCUCGCACAUCCACAAACAUCGAAUCACACAGAGCCGGGAUCUGGUUCUGAAAGUGCUGCGUUGUUUAGAGAGCCCAUCUGCUGGAACACGAGCGAAAGCAUUUCUGCUGUUACUGCUGCUAAUACAGAACAACACACACAUGCUGCUUUACUGCUGUCAGCACAGACUUGUGAUGUACCUGGAGAGAGACCUGCGAAAAGCCACUCCUGUCAGAGACAACCCCAACCAAUCAGGAUACCUCUGUCAGUGUCUGGAUUUGCUGCUUCUGCAUCUGAGUGGUACCGCCCCGGUGAUAAUGGAGGAUGUCUUGUCUGCGUUGAGAGAUGUGAUUGGGAGGAAGCAUCCAUCUGCAGCUCAGAGUAGACAGCUUAAACAGACUUUGCCAACAUUGUCUGUGGUUCCAGAGCUGCUUUCCUCUCAGGUCUUCAGAGCUCGAAUUGUUACAAAGGAGUUUCUGGUUCAAACUGGAUUGAUGCUGAACUACAUUAUUUCAGUGGAGUCCAGUGAAACUAACCUGUCCAGUGCUGUAGGUGCUGCAAUAUGUGAGGAGCUGAUCAGGACAUCUCUGUCCAUUGUGGAGGUCCUGAGUCAGCACCACGCUUUAAUUCAUCAGUUUCACUGUACUGUUGUGGAUGCUGUCCUACCUCCUCUGACAACACUGGCUUUCAGCAGAAAAGUGGAGUGGUCUGUGUUUGUAUUGAAGGUGUUGUCUGAACUGAGCCUGGUUCUACUUGUCCAAAAUGAUGAUGAUGAUGAUGAUGAUGAUGAUGAUGAUGAUGAUGAUGAUGAUGAUGAUGCUGAUGAAAAUGAUGACAAAGUUGAGGAAAGCAGAGAUAGGAGGGAGACGAGAGGGACAGCUGAGAGAAGCAGUGAUGGAACAUCCCGUAGCCAAGUCUUAUCUGUCUUCACUAAAUCACUACUUUCAAGGUUUGAAGUUCUCCUUGGUGCAACAGAACCCAUCCCGCUCUACGCACUCAAGCUGCUUGUAUCGAUGACUGAGCACAGCUCUCAAAUCUGCAGGUUCAUCAAAAAUAGCGGGAUCCUGCCAGUUGUCUUUCAGCUCAUUAUGGCCAACAGUGUCACCAGUGGAACAGGACAGAGCGCAGUCGUCUUGCUGUGUAAUCUCAGUGGAGACACAGUCAAGAAUCAGCAAGAGCUACAUCAGCAAGGGCUUGUGGAAGUGUUGGUGAGGACUGUGUCAGAAGCUGCGCUGGUCUACCUUGAAGGAGAGAAGCACGCUGGAAGGAAGAUCAGCCUUGUUGUCCUACAAGCACUUUUGGAAAUUCUACAAAACAUCCUAAAGCAAACAUCAGUUGUUGUCCGAGCUGCACUGCAGAGCCAGAGGCUAUCUUGUUCAGCAGCAGAAACGGAGGCAGCAGAGAAACUGCUCGUAGCCAACAGACCCCUGAGCCAACUCAGCACUCACCUCAUCCACAUGCUGUCCACUGAGAACCAGGAGGUGUGGGAGGAAUCUAUUCAGUGUCUGUCCUUGCUGGUGCAGCUAUACGGCGGAGAGGGUCAGGACUGCCUAUCGCCUUUGUGCUUACAAAGCUUCUGCCAUCUCCUGCGCACCCACAUGAACGCUGCGACCCCCCGGAUCCAACGCACAGCUCUUAGGGUCAUUAAGCGGCUGACCCAAACCACGGAGCAAUCUGAUUGGUUCGACUGUCCUGAAGGAGCGGACCUAACGAAUCUGCUUCGGGGUAUUGCUGCAUCCAACAGGUGUCAUCCUGAUGUGACUCAACUGGCUGUAGAAAUCCUUCAGGAGGUCUCCAGAUCCUAGAUGUUUGUCUAAAACCUUCAGUGAUCCAGAGGUGACCUAAAAGUAAUGCUGGUUGUACUCAAAGCUGACACUUUUUAGCUAAAGCCGUCUUUAACAUGGGAUCCAUUUGUUGGUACCUGGAACACAAUCAGAACUCACUGUAGACGCUUCACUGGAUCUUAUGUUUGUUUUUAAUAAAUUUGUUUACCAAUUUGA